AUGCCGGCCCAAAAGACCUUGUUUGCUUUCAUCUUGGUUGUCUCGGCGCUGGCCGGACUGGCAUCCUCUUCCCCUGUUCCUACGAGCGCCACCGGCACGACGGCCGCUUCGUUUGAGAACAAUCUUGGAGCGACAGGAGCUGUUUUAAAAAGGAGGUUGAAUUGGAGCUGCAAUAAUCGGAAUGUACUAUGCGAAGGCGGCGGGCACCCUCCAAAAAAGCGAAGUGAAAACAAUGGUUCUGUCGAGGAAACCUCCAAGGCGUGA